GGUUGAGUAAAUUACUUGGAAGGAAAUAGAAGACGAAAAAAAAAGAAAAACUUUGAAACUCACAUUUUUCGUCUCUAUUAAUUAAAUAUAGUAUAUCAGAAAAUAUUAAUUCAAUCAAAUAAACAUACGAAAUCGACUAAUGAUGUAUCAAGGCGGCUAUCAAGGAGGAAAUUUCAACCAAAAUCAUGGUAUUCGAGCACCACGUCCACAAUACAACAAUGACGGAGAAAAUCGCUGGAACCGAAACAACAGCAAUCCAAAUCAAUUUAAUCCGAAUUUCAUGAAUAAUGGCGCAUUCAAUAAUCCUAAUUUUAUGCAUAACCGAACAUACCCACCGAAAAAGGAUUUUGGAGGUCCAAAACCACCCAAACCAAUGAUGAUGCAAAUGAAUUCACAAUCACCAGAUCUUGAUGAAAUGUCAAAGGAAGAUCGUGCAAAAUUACAAAGCAUGAAGGCUAAAUAUCCAGGUCAGAGCUUAGUUGCUCCAAAUUGGGAUACGAUUAAACUCGAACCGUUCUUUAAGGACUUUAAUAAAGUUCAUGAGAAUAAUGUUAAUCGUUCAAUUGAAGAUGUUGUCGAAUGGAGAGGAACAAUGGAGAUUACAGUUAAAGGCAAGGAAGUUCCAUUCCCACAUCAAGAAUUCAAAGAAGCCAAUUUUUCACAAAACAUUUUCACUGAAAUUAAAAGACAAGGAUUUACUGCACCGACACCAAUUCAGUCUCAAGGAUGGCCAAUUGCAUUAUCAGGCCGAGAUUUUGUUGGAAUUGCACAAACUGGAUCGGGAAAGACAUUAGCUUAUAUGCUUCCUGGAAUUGUGCACAUUAAUCAUCAACGACCUCUUUUAAAAGGUGAAGGUCCAAUUGUAUUGGUUUUAGCUCCAACUCGCGAAUUAGCUCAGCAAAUUCAAACUGUAGCUCGUGAUUUUGGUACACAUAUUAAGCCAAUGGCUAGAAAUACUUGCAUAUUUGGAGGUUCACCAAAAGGACCACAAAUUCGUGAUUUGCAAAGAGGCGUUGAAGUUUGCAUCGCUACACCAGGCAGACUGAUUGAUUUCCUCGAACGUGGUGUCACUAAUUUACGAAGAGUCACCUAUCUUGUUUUGGAUGAAGCUGACAGAAUGUUGGAUAUGGGUUUUGAACCACAAAUCCGAAAGAUUAUCGAGCAAAUUCGCCCCGAUCGUCAAGUGCUUAUGUGGAGUGCUACGUGGCCAAAAGAAGUUCAAACUCUUGCUGAAGACUUCUUGCACAAUUAUAUUCAGGUCAAUAUUGGCUCAUUGAAUUUAUCUGCAAAUAACAACAUUAUUCAAAACAUCAAGGUUUGUGAAGAAAAUGAAAAAGAACAGGAACUGAUUGGAUUAUUAAAGAGAUUAGGAAAUGAUGCAACCAACAAGAGCAUAAUUUUUGUCGAGACAAAGAAGAAAGUUGAAGACGUAUUGAAAAUCAUUCAGCGCGAAGGAUAUAGCUCUAACUCGAUUCAUGGAGAUAAGAGCCAAAAUGAAAGAGAUUUUGUUCUUGAAAGUUUCCGUAAUGGACGUAUUUCAGUGUUGGUAGCAACUGAUGUUGCAGCUAGAGGAUUAGAUGUCGAAGAUGUAAAGAAUGUCAUUAAUUAUGAUUAUCCAAACUCGUCGGAAGAUUAUAUCCACAGAAUUGGUCGUACUGGAAGAUGUGAGCAAUCAGGAGCUGCUUUUACAUUCUUUACUCCAUCAAAUGCACGUCAGGCACGCGAAUUGAUUGCUGUUUUAAAUGAAGCUGGUCAGAAUCCAGCAAAAGAACUUAUUGAUUUAGCCAAGACUAUUAAUGGCAAGGGAAAUGGACGAAACAUGAAUCAACGUUUUGGACGACCUGAUCAAUAUAACAGACCAAUGAAUAAUUACAACAAACCAAAUGGAAUGGUAAAUGGAUUCAAAGGAAUGGGACAAGGCUGGAUGAAUAUUAAUAAUCCACAAAACAACUAUAAUAAGGAUUACAUGAAUAAGGGUGAUAAUCCAAGACCAUUCAAUAAGUUCCAUAAUCCAAAUCAUGAUGAUAAGAAGCCAAAUGAAAAUGGCAUGGGAUAUAAAAAGCCAGAUUUUAAUAAUCGUUUCAAUCCAAAUAAGCCCGUACAAGGAGGAUUUGUUCAAAAUCAGGGUGGAUAUCAAGGAGGAUAUCAAAAGAAUUUCGGUGAACAGCGUGGAGACAGUCAAGGCGGUGAAGGAUAUAAACCAAAAUGGCAAACUGACAAGCCUAGAACAUUCAAUAAGCCAGAUUUUAAUGGAAAUCCACGUGGUGAUAAACCUCAAUUCCAAAAUAAUUACAUGGGAAAGCCUCGUCCACCAUUUAAUAGCAAUGCACCACCACGAUUUGGAAGUCAAGGCGGAGCUGAAUAUAAUGGACAACAGCCACAGCAAAAGUUUAACAAGUAUGAAAACUAUAAACAAUACAAUAAUGAUAAGGAAGCCGGUGGUAGUGAUGUUUUCCAAGGUGUAAAGAGCUUCAGUUCUAAUAAUCGUCAUUUCAACAAUUCAAAUCGUUAUGGUGAUCAUCAGAAUAAUCAAAUUGAAGGUCAAUCGCCAGUUGUCCAUGCACAACAGCCACAACAAACAUUCGUUCCAGCAGAUGCCAUUGAUGGAGCUCCUCAAGCCUUUGAUUCAAAUAUGAUUCAAGGAUAUCGUAUGAUGAAUGGACAAAUUCCACCAUUCCCACCUGCUUUCGAUUAUCAACAAAGACCGCCACAGCCGAAUGCACAACAAAUGACAGAUAUUCACCAGACAAAUGCCUGUAGCUUUCAAAACAUCCAAGGCGGGCCACAACAGGCACGACAACAAAUGUAUGUGAUUCCAAACGGUCCAAAUCCGUACAUUCAAUUCCAACCGAUGAAGGCUCAGUUUGGACUUGACAGCUUGCCAGAUUGUGAGAAAAUGGUUGAAUGUCCUUAUAAUAAAGCACAUUUAGUUGUUCAGCAUCGCAUGGCUAAUCAUAUUAUCAAGUGCCGAAAGAGCCAAGAAAUAAGCGGAGUAAAAGAAUGUCGUUUUAAUUCAUCUCAUCUUCUACCAAUGGCCGAAAUCAAGGUAACAUUAUUGUUACUGGAUGUUUUGAGAUCUAGCACUAAUUUUCAUUUUUCUCACAAAAGUCUCAUGAAGCAACCUGCCCUGAUCGUGUAGUGAUUGAGAAUUUCGUUAAUCAUCGAAUGGAUCAGCCACAAUCAAGUGCCUUUUCAACAACAAGUGGAUACAGCUCAAAGAAAAAUGAAACAGAUUGGGAUAACAUUUCUGUUCCUACUUACAAGCCAUUUCAGAAACGUUAGAGCUUGCAUCAUGC